GCCUGCAGGGGACGCGUCCCGCAGUGUCACCAUGUCCCCGCUGUGCCCACUGCUGCUGGUCUUCGCCCUGGUGGAGGUCCCCGGUGUCUGGGGCGCCUGCCCCGCACCUGCCGACCUCAAGAACCCCGACGGGACGAAGACCUGCGCCAGGUUCUACGACAAGAGCGACCCUUACUAUGGGAACUGCUGCGCAGGCGCCGAGCUGGCUGUAGAGCCGGGCACCGACCUCCCCUUCCUGCCUUCUGAGUGGACAAACGUCAUCUCCUCGCUCGUGGUGGCCCCGCGCUGCGAGCUCACCGUGUGGUCCCGCCGCGGCAAGGGUGGCAAGUCUCGCAAGUUCACCGCCGGCGCCUACCCGCGCCUUGAAGAGUAUCGCCGGGGCAUCCUGGGCCACUGGUCCAACGCCAUCUCCUCCAUCUACUGCAGGUGUUACUGAUGUCUGAGGAGCUCCUCAUCUCCAGCCCCCACUGAGUGCUGAGCCCUUCCCCUGGCCUUGUUCCUGGGACUUGCUGAAGGUCCCCAGCCCCAAAUGGAGAGGGCUUCCUGUCUGCUCCCCAACCCUGCCUUCCUUGCAAUACAGCCCUUAUGAAGUUGUC